AAUGUUCUCCCCUCUGGCUCUCUAGGUGAAAUUGUUUCCUGCUGCUUCCACUGUUGCUCCAGUCCAGUUUGUCUUGGCCAGCCGCUGUCAGAGGAGGCAGCAUGGUGUGCGGAGGACAAGUUUGGCUGAUGGACAGCCUGGAGGAGUGGGAGUUGACAAUAUUCAAAAAUUUACUGGAAAAAACUCCUCUGAAGGAAGGCUAUGAACCCAUCCCGUGGGGCUGGCUAAAACCUGCGGACUCCAUUGAUCUCAGUGACCUGGUGGUCAGAUGCUAUGGGAAGCCCUAUGGGAAGAAGUUGACUGAGAGGCUUCUGAGAGACAUCAGGGGACCAAGCCCAGCAGGUGCCCACACAGUGAGUGAGAGACAUGGGGAAGUCACUCCCUACAAAAGACAUUCCAGAGAAUGGAAAGUGGAAAAUUCUACCGACAAGGAGAGACCUUACAAAUGCCCCAUUUGUGGGAAAGGAUUCAAUCGGAAAUUAAACCUUAUUCGGCAUCAGAGAAUCCACACAGGAGAGAAACCCUACAAAUGUGGUGAAUGUGGGAAGAGCUUCAAUGACAGCUCCAAGCUCGCUCAACAUGAGGGACUCCACCUGGGACUGAAGCCUUACAACUGUCCUGAGUGUGGUAAGAGCUUCAGUGUGAAAUCAAACCUCAUCCGCCAUCAAAGAAUCCACACAGGAGAGAAGCCCUAUAAUUGCCCCAAAUGUGGGAAAAGUUUCAACGACAGCUCCAACCUUGCUCGCCAUCAGAGAAUCCACACGGGAGAGAAGCCCUAUAAUUGCCCCAAAUGCGGGAAAAGCUUCAAUGACAGCUCCAACCUCACUCGCCAUCAGAGAAGCCACACUAGAGAGAAACCCUACAAAUGUGGUGAAUGUGAGAAGAGCUUCAGUGACAGAUCCAACCUUGUCCGCCAUCAGAGAAUCCACACAGGAGAAAAGCCCUAUAUAUGCUCCAAAUGUGGGAAGAGCUUCAAUGACAGCUUCAAUCUUGCCAAACAUGAGAGAAUCUACAAGCUAGUGAGACGCAGGAAUGAAGUUGCCACUUCAGACUCCUGGGGAAAGGACAAAUGUGACUUCUGUCACAGAGAGAAGGGUUUUGCAGAAGUACAACCAGAGAUUUUGCCAGGCCCAGAGGAGAACCAGAAAACGUACAGGGUUCACUUCCACCAGGCAGGCUCCUUCAGAUGCUCUGAAACUGAACUGGGGUUCGAGGUGAGGGCAGCAGUGAUUGUCCAAUACAAAUAUGAAUCCUGGCGUUGUCAUCAGACAGAACUGGAAAUGCAGCAGUGGAUGAUCGCCGGCCCUUUGUUCAACAUCUGGGCGGAACCGGCUGGGGCUGUGGCAGCUGUGCACCUCCCACACUUCAUGUGCCUCGCAGCCCAGGUGAGUGCUGCUGGGUCCCUGAGCCCUGUUCCUAGCGCAGGGGGAGAGGCUGACGUCUCCCAGAUGCAAAUUGCCCAUUUCGUUGAUGGGAGGAUGAUACUGGAGGAGCCAACGCGAGUGAUGCCUUUCCAUGCCGUGCUGGAGAACCCCAGCUUCUCCUUGUUGGGAGCUAUUUUGAAAAAAGGAAUAUCUAUGCUAUCUAGUCCAAUCCACAGUGUCACACUGCUCUACCGGGCACUCAGGGCUGAAAAUAUAACUCUCCAUCUCUACUUGAUACCUGACAUCCUUGCAUUGAAAAAGGUAAUUGAUGAUAAUGAAAGGAAGUACAAAUCAAUACGUGUGCGCAAACCUCCUAAAACCAAGCCAUUGACCUACGGCUCCCAUUAUACUGUAUCCAGCACAUCAAGUGUAGAGAUAACACCUGAGGAACUGGAGUUCUGUUAUAUAGAUCCCCAGGAUGAACAUCCAUACAUGGAGAUUUACACCCAGAGCUUUGUGGACAGACUGGACCUCAGCUUGGUGAAGCAAAGUGAUAGGCAACUGAUCUGGAAUGCCUUUGUGAGACCAGGUGACAUUGAACACAGUUCACCAUCAACAGAAUGCCACACAGGAGGUGGCACGGGGAAGACAAUGAGAGAUCACCUCCUGGACACCCUGAAAAACCUCCGAGAGGCAGAGCUGAAGGAGUUCAAGAGCAAACUGACUGACAUCAAGCUAGAAAAGAAAUACCACAACCACAUACCUCGAUGUGACCUGGAGAAUGCAGAGCCUGUGGAGAUCACUGAGCUGCUGAUCAGUCACUACAGAGAGCACUGUGCAGUGGAGGUGACGACGAUGGUGCUGGAAGCUAUCAACCAGAGAGACCUGGCAGAGAGACUUCGCAGGGCAACAAUGGCUGGUCAGGAAUGAGCCAGUGUGGGGAGAUCAGCCUCCUCUCUGCAAGGGAUCCCACUGCAUCUUCAUCUCUGCAUCCUCCCUUGUCAUAAAUAUAAAGGGAAAGGUAAACACCUUUAAAAUCC